AACCAAAUCCACUUUUAUUAUUAUUAGCAAAUCAGCCGGACAGAUCCAUUCAUCAUUGAAGUAAACAAUAUAUAUAUUGUCAUUCAUUCUUACAUACCAUAUUUAUCACAUUAUUUACCAUAUAUAUAAUUUCAUUAACAUAUAUAUAUAUAUAGAUAUUCGUCCAAUGACUUCUUAAAUUUACUCUAAAGAACAAUAUCUUCUCUCUUACUAACCGUUUUACCCAACGCCAACUCUAUUUUCAUCUUCUUCUUCUUCUUCUUCACAAUGAAGAAAUCAUCAGGCCGUCAAAAAAUCGAAAUCAAGAAGCUAAAUGUGAAGAGUAGGCGGCAAGUAACCUUCUCCAAACGCCGUGCCGGACUCUUCAACAAGGCAGCGGAACUCUCCAUUCUUUCCGGCGCUGAGAUUGCUAUCCUCGUCUUCUCUUCCACCGGCAAAAUCUAUACAUUCGGACAUCCUAACGUUGAUAUGCUCAUAGAUCGUUUCCUGACGUCGAAUUUUGUUCCGACGAAGCCGGCGGAAGCCUACCUCCCUUUGGAGGAGUUGAAUCGUGAUUUGAAGGAUGCGACUGCGGAGUUUGAAAUAGAGAAGAUGCGGGCUGAGAGAAUGAGGAAUACCGGGGGGUUUUGGUGGGAUGAGACGGAGAUGGAAUGUAUGGGAAUUGAGGAGUUGAAGCGAUUCCGGUCGUCGUUGAUGGAACUCAGGGGAAAAGUUGCGGAGAAAGUGGAGGAAUUGGCGGCGGUGAAUCAAGAGGUUCUAAUCACUUCCCCGUCGUUUCAUCAUCACGCGACGACGAUUGAGGAUUUGGGCUCUCAAUCCAUUCAACUUCCUCUUCCAUCUUCGAUCUUCUUCAUUUCGUUGACCUCCGCCAUUUUCAUUCCCCUUCAGUUCUUCCCAAUGGCAAAAUCACCUUUCCUACUACUCCCUGCAAUUCUCCUCCAUUUCUUUCUCUCCGCCGAUCCCAUCUCCCCCAAUCCUCUCAUUACUCCUUCGCAUCGCGCCAUGGUGUUGCCUCUUUACCUCUCUUCCUCUAAUUCCUCCAAAUUCAUUUCCAAUCCUCACCGCCAUCUCCGCCAAUUCCCCACUUCGGAUAAUCGCUCCAACGCUCGUAUGCGCCUCUAUGACGACCUCCUUCUAAAUGGGUAUUAUACCACUCGGCUUUGGAUCGGAACUCCACCGCAGCAAUUCGCGCUUAUUGUUGAUACGGGGAGUACGGUUACUUAUGUUCCUUGUUCAACUUGCGAACAGUGUGGGAGACAUCAGGACCCGAAGUUUGAUCCAGAAUCGUCAAGCACUUACAAACCUAUUAAAUGCAAUAUUGAUUGCACUUGUGACAGUGAUGGAGUGCAGUGCGUCUAUGAGAGGCAAUAUGCUGAAAUGAGUACUAGUAGUGGUGUCCUUGGUGAGGAUGUUAUAUCCUUUGGCAAUCAGAGUGAACUCAUACCACAGCGUGCUGUGUUUGGUUGUGAGAAUAUGGAAACUGGUGAUCUUUUUAGUCAACGUGCUGAUGGAAUUAUGGGUUUGGGUACUGGUGAUCUUAGUCUUGUCGACCAACUAGUUGAAAAAGGUGCGAUCAAUGAUUCUUUCUCAUUGUGCUAUGGUGGUAUGGAUAUUGGUGGAGGUGCUAUGGUUCUUGGUGGAAUCUCUCCUCCAUCGGAUAUGAUUUUUACCUACUCAGACCCUGUCAGAAGUCCAUAUUACAAUGUUGAUUUGAAGGAGAUACAUGUUGCGGGUAAGAAGUUGCCUCUGAGCUCAAGCAUCUUUGAUGGAAGAUAUGGUACUGUCCUGGAUAGUGGUACGACUUAUGCUUACCUACCAGCAGAAGCCUUCGGAGCUUUCAAGGAUGCUAUUAUGGAUGAGCUUCAUUCUUUGAAGAAGAUUGAUGGUCCUGACCCAAAUUUUAAGGAUAUAUGUUUUUCUGGUGCUGGAAGUGAUGCUGCUGAAUUAUCAAACAUAUUUCCGACAGUUGACAUGGUAUUUGAAAAUGGGCAAAAGUUGUCUCUAGCACCAGAAAAUUACUUUUUCCGGCACUCGAAGGUGCACGGUGCAUAUUGUCUGGGAAUUUUUGAGAAUGGAAAUGAUCAAACCACUCUUCUAGGAGGAAUUGUUGUCCGCAACACUUUAGUGAUGUAUGACAGAGCACAUUCAAAAAUUGGAUUUUGGAAAACCAACUGUUCUGAGUUAUGGGAAAGGCUUCGCACUUCGGAUGAUAAUGCCCAUGCUCCUUCAAUUUCAACUAAAUCACAUGGUUCAGAUAUGGCACCUGCAUCAGCUCCAAUUGAGUCACCACAUUAUACGAUCCCAGGAGAGCUCCAGAUUGGGCGUAUCACAUUUGAGAUCUUGUUGAACAAAAGCUACACAGAUCUGGAGCCUCAUAUUACAGAACUUUCUGAUCAUAUUGCUCAAGAGUUAAAUGUUAGUCAUUCGCAGGUACUUUUAUUGAAUUUUACCAUGAGAGGAAAUGAUUCACUUAUUAAGUUGGCCAUAAUCCCUUAUGGAUCUUCAGAAAUUUUCUCACAUGCGACUGUCAAUACGAUAAUUUCCAAGAUCGUCGAGCAUCACAUGCAGCUACCUCCUACAUUUGGAAGUUACCAGGUCGUUCGAUGGAAUGUUGAACCUCCAAUGGAAAGAUCAAUGUGGAAACGACUCUAUGUUCUGGUGGGUUUAGCUAUUAUUGUCAUCUUUAUUCUUGGGCUGUCAGCAUUGGGAGCAUGGUUUAUUUUGAGAAGUAGACAACAAGCCAUCAAUUCAUACAAGCCUGUCAAUGCAGCAGUUCCAGAGCAAGAACUCCAGCCACUGUAAAAAAAGAAAAAUCCUUACCAACGCAUUUUUGCUUUGUUCAUUAAUCAUUAAUCAUUGGGGGAGAACUUGGAAGAAUUAUUGUUUUUCAGGUUUUGUUUUCCUUUUAUGUUCAGAUGUUCUAACCUUACGCAAAUUGUAAGUUCCCUUUUUUUUUUUCACUUGGGUGAGUGGAAUACUUUGAUUCUAUGGUGGUACUACUUUUAACGAGAAUAUUCUUUUUGUUUCUUUCAAA